AUGUCGACGACGCGUUUGGCGCGGUUUGGCCACAAACCAGCCUUCCCCACCAUCUGCCUCAUGCCCUCGAUAAGCCAGGACAAGGGUAACCCAAACUCCGAGAACAAUCUUUUCCACCACGUUCACUCCAUCUAUGGUCCACUGUGUGUGCACCCACCAGCUCGAGGUGCGGAUUCGAGGUAUCUUCGGACCAACCCCAACGCAACGAGGCUUGCCUAA